GAAGACGAGGACGUGGUGGUUGAGGUGGAGGAGGAAGAGGAGGAGGAGGAGGGCGGCCUGGGGAGCGCCCCCCCGGCGCUGGCCGGCCCCGGCAAGGGCCCCCUCCGGGGGAGCCUUAAGGCAGCCAACAUCAAGCGUGAAAUGACCUUCCAUGCAUUUCAACAGGAGGAUGUAAAAAGUGACAUCAGUCGAAAACUGCCAGACCAACAGUUUCUCCUGUUCACCACAAAGGAGGAAGAUUUAAAAACAGCAGAGACCAAAAAACUAAACAGAGCUCAUGAGUAUGAAAAGGAAAACACUCGUUCUGUUUGUCUUCUGGAACAGAAGCGCAAGGUUGUUUCUUCAAAUAUUGAUGUGCCUCCAGCAAGGAAAUCUUUGGAAGAACUGGACAUGGAUAAAGUAACAGCAGCCAUGGUACUCACCAGUUUAUCCACCAGCCCUUUGGUCCGCAGCCCUCCUGUCCGACCCAAUGAAUCCCUGAAUGGAUCUUGGAAAGAAGGAGGAUUUGUGCCUUCUAGUACCAGCAGCAGUGGAUACUGGAGCUGGAACGCUCCCAGUGACCAGUCCAACCCAUCCACCCCAUCUCCACCUCUGUCAGCUGAUAGCUUCAAAGCUUUUCGGACACCUUCCCAGCCAGAUGAUGGUAUUGAUGAAGGUGAAACAAGCAACCUUCUCUUCGAUGAACCCAUUCCUAGGAAGAGAAAGAACUCCAUGAAGGUGAUGUUCAAAUGCCUUUGGAAGAACUGUGGGAAGGUACUGAGCACAGCUGCAGGAAUUCAGAAACACAUACGGACCAUUCACCUUGGACGUGUAGGAGAGUCUGACUACAGUGAUGGAGAGGAGGAUUUUUACUAUACAGAAAUCAGACUCAACACGGACUCAGUAGCUGAUGGCUUAAGCAGUCUUUCCCCAGUCUCUCCAUCUUUAGCAUCUCCUCCUUCCUUUCUCACCCAAGACGCAAUCCGUCCUGAAACUUCCUGUGCCAAAACUGAGACUAAAGUGAUGACACCUCUGAGCCGCUCAGCUCCUACCAACCUCUACCUCGUACACACGGACCAUGCUUACCAGGCCACUCCUCCGGUGAACAUUCCAGGGUCAGCAAAAUUCACUCCCAAUGGCAGUAGCUUUAGCAUCUCUUGGCAGUCGCCUCCUGUUACCUUCACCGGCAUUCCAGUCUCACCAACCCAUACUCGUCCUGCAGGGAGUGGAGAGCAGAAACAGUCCCACACAGUUCUUUCAUCACCGCCUAGAGUAGCAUUUGGCUUGAGGAAGCCUAGAGGGGAGGGGAAAAAGUGUCGGAAGGUCUAUGGGAUGGAGAACAGAGAUAUGUGGUGCACUGCCUGCCGAUGGAAGAAGGCCUGCCAAAGGUUCAUCGACUAACGAUUGAAAUUAUGCAGAGGAUUUGGGGAGGGGGAGGACAACAGCAGAAGCAGAUUGCUGCAGCUGCGCUGUAUCACUUCCCAUUUUCCCCUCCAGUGAUGUGGUGUUGAAGGUUUUGGUUUUUUGGGGUGUUUUUUUAUUUGUUUGUUUUUUGUUUUUUUAAGAGCUUUGUAUUUCAAAAUGAAGCACUUGUAGCCAAGGAGAAGCACUAAUUAAAACCUGUGUGGAGCAAUAGAAAAAAAAAAAAAAAGAAAAUAAAAAAAGAAAAACCAAGACCACACAACAAAAUCUGCAAAAUCUGUCUCAGUAAGUGUGGAAACCAGAGCAGCUAUUAGUGUUUUUCUGUAAAAGAAAGGAAAAAGUUAAUUGUUUUGCUAACUCUGUGAGCUGCUUGCUCUGUA